CUGGAUCCGAUCGAACAUUGACUGCCCAUUCCAUUUCUGUGAAUUAUUAUUUCUUUCGAGCGGUCGCUGUGCGAUUCUUCGAUCUCCUCUCCGCCAUGGUGAUAAGGGUUUGCGCCGUCCUACUCGCGCUUCUACUCGUAGGGGCCCCUCUCCUUCAAGUUCGAUGCCAGUCAGAUGAAGAUUUUGCUGCAACUGAAGUUAUUGAAGGAAGUGAUAUUGGGAUAGUUGGUGAUGAUACCCACGUUUUUAGUGAUGUUGGUCCAGCUCCUGGAGUGGAUACUGUUUGUGUAUUUCCAAAGAAUGCUGGCAAAUUAGUACCAGCUGGAGAAGAAGCUGAGUUAUUGGUUGGUUUACAUAAUGAUGUUGAAUCACCACUUAAUGUGGUUGCUAUACAUGCUAGCCUUCAUCUUCCAUUUGAUCAUCGGAUGUUGGUGCAGAAUCUAACUGUGCAGGAAUUUUAUAAUGCCUCAGUGCCUGUUUCUGCUCAAGCUACCUUCCCUUAUUUGUUUGCUGUUAGCAAAUACCUACAGCCUGGUUCUUUUGACUUGGUGGCAAGGAUAGACUAUGAGAUUGAUCAGCAGCCAUAUCAGAAUGUUUUCUAUAAUGGUACGAUUGAAGUUGUCGAAGCUGGAGGAUUUUUAACCAUCGAGUCGGUUUUCCUUGUGACCCUUGGAGUCGCUCUUCUCGUCUUUCUAGGAUUGUGGGCAUAUGGUCAAAUUCAACAGUUCUCAAAGAAACCAAAGAGAUCGACCAAGGUAGAAGUGGGUACUAAAGCCACGGAAGCGGAUAUGGAUGAGUGGUUGAAGGGAACUGCUUAUGCUCAAUCACUGUCAAGCAAGUCAAAGAAAAAGAAGUAGACGCAUGCUGCUAAACUGGUGCAUGGCUUCGUAGGAAGAGCAGACAGCUUCUGACAUUUCUAGGUUUGUCAAUUGAGGAAAAAGUAUGGAGCCUUUGAGGUAGUUUUCUGUCGUGUUUAGACUUCUCGGUUAAUCAUUAUUCGACAUACUAGGGCUGGGGAAAGUGUUUACAAACCUCAAUUUUGGCUAAAUCAUUUUCUGUACUGAUUGCUGCCGGAACGAGGUACUAUUCAUCCGUUUCUUAUCUGUUUUAUCUUAAUCAUCAGUGUCUUUCCA